AUGGAUCUGUCCAAUCUCUUGCAGGGCUCUGCCCCGGCCCCCAAGCCAUAUACCGACACCUAUACCAAGCGCUCUGCGCCUCUCUCCCCGCCCGUCGAAGAGCUCAAGUGCUCGCUGCCUUCCAUCUCGACUCUGCUCGAGGGUGCCGACGGCCACGCAGCUAAGCGUCAACGCAUGAGCCCUCAGCGUGAACACAAAGUCCAAUACGACGUGCGCAUGCCCCCAACACCACCGCUGCGCCCCGGCUCCGGCUCCGGUCACCACACAUCACCGAGCGAGUCUCUAAAAGACCACCGGUCCUCCAUCUCCUCCACCAACUCCCACAUGGGCCCCUACGCAUCGCCCGCACCGAGCGUAUCCUCCUACACCUCCCACACAUCACCCGUGGAGGCACCCGCACCCCAAACCAUCAUGUACUACCGCCCACAAACGGCCACCAUCUUCGCCCCGUCCGCCGUACCGGCACCUAUGCCCCAGCAAGCCCCAUCACCAUCCCUCAUCUCCCCCGUCACACCCGCCUGGCAACACCACCACUACUUCCCCCCUUCCAGCACAACCCCCUACCAACAAAACCACGACCGCUACAUCUGCCGCACCUGCCACAAGGCUUUCUCCCGCCCUUCCUCGCUGCGCAUCCACUCCCACUCCCACACGGGCGAGAAGCCCUUCCGCUGCACGCACGCCGGCUGCGGAAAGGCCUUCUCGGUGCGCAGCAACAUGAAGCGCCACGAGCGAGGCUGUCACUCCGGUCGUCCUGUGCCCGCCACCGCCUUGGUGGUUUAA